AGCGCUUCUAACAACAAAUCCGAACGUUGAUACGUGUGGUGAAGAGCUUUUCUCUCUUGCAAUUCCGUCCAGUGUCUCCCCUCUCUCUCUCUGCACAAUGAAUGGUAUAAUUUGCAAGCUUUCACUUCCCACACUCACCUCAUCAUAUUCUCAUUCGAAAGAUGCCAAAGAAAACUCUAAAUCCUCAAACAAGUCAGUUCAGCUAAGAGAGGAUUGGAGACAACGCUCCAGACCUAUCCCUCCUGGUGGCACGUAUCCUGCAAAGGACCAUUGCAGUCGAUGCGGGCUGUGUGAUACAUAUUAUAUUGCUCAUGUGAAGAAUGCUUGUGCCUUUCUUGGUGAUGGAAUGUCUAGAAUUGAAGGUUUGGAACCUGUUGUCCAUGGUAGAGGAAGAGAAAAGGAUUCUUUAGAUGAAAUGUACUUAGGGGUCCAUGAAGAGCUGUUAUAUGCUCGUAAAACUAAUCCUGUACAAGGAGCUCAAUGGACAGGAAUAGUAACUACUAUUGCGAUUGAGAUGCUAAAAGCUGGCAUGGUUGAUGCUGUUAUAUGUGUACAGAGUGAUCCAGAGGAUAGACUCUCUCCAAGGCCUGUGUUAGCCAGGACACCAGAAGAAGUUCUAGCUGCUAAAGGCGUCAAGCCAACAUUAUCUCCUAAUCUAAACACACUUGCUUUGGUUGAGGCUGCAGGCGUGAAGCGUCUUCUCUUUUGUGGUGUUGGUUGCCAGGUGCAAGCGUUAAGAUCUAUAGAGCACCAUUUGAAUUUGGAGAAGCUUUAUGUAUUGGGCACCAAUUGUGUGGAUAAUGGAACUCGAGAAGGGCUUGAUAAGUUUCUAAAGGCUGCGAGUGAUGAACCAGAAACAGUUCUUCACUAUGAGUUUAUGCAAGAUUACAAGGUCCAUUUGAAGCACUUGGAUGGUCGCAUUGAAGAGGUUCCUUAUUUCUGUCUACCAGCAAAUGAUUUAGUUGAUGUUAUUGCUCCAUCUUGCUACAGCUGUUUUGACUACACAAAUGCUUUAGCGGAUCUGGUAGUUGGGUAUAUGGGUGUGCCAAAAUAUCCUGGAGUCAGCAUGACGCAGCAUCCACAAUAUGUAACAGUCAGGAAUGAACGGGGGAGAGAAAUGCUAGGUUUGAUAAAAGAUCUACUGGAGAUCACUCCAACAACUAGUAGCGGUGACCGAAGACCAUUUGUUAUGGAAACUGUCAAGGCAGAUGACAAUGCAAAGAUGGGGAAAGGUCCUUCUCAACCUGCCCCAAAGUUUGUUGGAAAUUUUAUAGCUUUUAUACUGAACUUGAUUGGCCCGAAAGGUCUGGAAUUUGCCCGUUAUUCACUGGACUACCAUACCAUUCGGAACUAUUUAUACACAAACCGCACUUGGGGAAAAGAAAGAGCUGACAGGCACGCACCUUCAUAUGCUAAGAAAAUUGUAGAAUUGUACAACCAGAAUGGUCAAAUCGAUAGAAUGCUACAGAAUAAGUGACUAUAACACGUUGCCAUGUAUGUGGCAAUUUUGAACAUGUAUGAAUUUCUGAGUGUUAACUUUAUAGUUCUUGUAACUUAAUGUGGGUUUGAAAUUAUGUUUCUUGUUCCCACAAAUGUACAGUUGUAUGCUUGGUUUCUGCAUUUAAAAGUUUGUAAUUAUUAACUUGCACCAUGAAACUCCAAAUUAUUUGGCGGAUGAGUUGAGAAGUCACUAUUAUUUUGUGGGUCUCAUUUAUAAA